AUUCAAACGUCACUUCAAUUUCAAAGUUUGUUUACAUAUUUACAUGUACUUAAACUAAAAACUGGAUUCAUACAAUUUAAGUUUAAUCAAAAGAAGAAUCUAUAAGUAAUUUUGUAAACAAUCAUGGAAGAACCACAAUUAACACAUUAACAUAACACCUUGGACUGCGACUGCUGGCGUGCUGUUUCCAUGGCACUGAAAAAAAUAUACAAUAUAAUUUGUUUUGUUUUUUUAAAUUAUAUUCAUUCAACUCGAGAAGCCUUUUGUUCAGCUAUGUUCUUGUUAAAUAAAAUACUGCCGAUCCUACAUUUAAUUCUGCGGCCCUGUAUCAAAUGGUUCUUGCACACAUUUACACGGCUUUGUGAACUUCAGCGAAUUUGCUAUGGUGCUAGAGCUGGCGCCAAUCGCUCUAAACAAGUUGAGCGAUCGUUGACGAUGUCGCGCAACGUAAGAAUACAAGAACUCAUCAAGGAACUUAAUGAGCAAGUUGACCAUUGUAACGAUUAUGAAUUUAACGAAUUCUCAAGUCGAGCAGUUCCGAUUGUGAUGCGUGAAAAAAGCAUCAAGCCACAUUGUCAUCCAGACUUUCCAGCACUCUUCGGACAAUGUGUAACUCAGAUAUGGGGUUAUAAGAGAUUAAUGAUUGCUGUGGAAAGAUUGCGUUCCGAGCAGUAUGAUGCAGAAAAUCCUGACCACGAGGCAAAGCUUCUAAAUCUAUGGGACGAAUUAAUGCCUGAUACACCUCUGGAGGCAAGAAUAACCAAGCAGUGGCAGGAAAUUGGAUUUCAGGGUGACGACCCGAAAACUGAUUUUCGUGGCAUGGGUAUGCUUGGCCUUGAGAAUCUGUUAUAUUUCGUUAAAGAAUAUAAAGACGCGGCACGACAUGUACUUUCACACUCUAUGCAUCCUAGAUUCGGUUACACAUUCGCAAUUGUUGGCAUCAAUAUCACCUCGAUGGCUUUUCGAAUGCUCAAGGAAGGCAGUGCGAAGACACAGUUCUUCAAUGUUUGCAAAACAGCUCCCAACAUAAAUCACUUCCACAUGUUUUACUGCUACUUGUUCUUUCAGUUUGAUAGUUUUUGGAUGGAGUCCGAGCCAAGAAACAUAAUGGACUUUUCGACGAUUUAUCAAAAUUUUGAAGGAUGGGUCUUGCAUGCUCUAAAAAAUGAUGAUACGGUUUUUAACUCAAAUUCGCUCAUUGAAAUUAUUUAAUGGUACUUAAAGCAUAAAAAAGAAACAUUAACACUUUUGUGUUUGCUAAUAAUAAAAUUCAUUGCAUAGAUAAGUUUUUUUUUGUCACAUCAACAAUUGAUUAGCGGAAAUUGUGCUCGAGGUGUUAAUGUUAUAUAUUAUGAAAAAUAUACACAGACCCAAAACAUAAA